AUGGGCAGAAACCCUAGUAGUGGUAAAGAUGGAUUGCAGUUCAAGAAAGGAGUUUGGUCGGCUCUAGAAGACCAAAUCCUCAUCAAUUACGUGAAAGUUCAUGGUCAAGGGAGAUGGAACAAAGUUCGUAAGGCAACAGGCCUCAAGAGGUGUGGAAAGAGCUGUAGGCUCCGGUGGUUAAAUUACCUAAGACCAGAUAUCAAGAGAGGAAACAUAUCACCUGAAGAAGAAGAGCUCAUCAUUAGGCUCCAUAAGCUCCUGGGCAACAGAUGGGCUCUUAUCGCGGGAAGGCUUCCUGGCCGAACAGAUAAUGAGAUAAAGAAUUACUGGAACUCCACCAUAAAGAAGAAGCUAGUCCGAGACAACGGUGACCCGCCAAUGAACUCAAAAUGCGAGGAUAAUAAGCUCACAAAGGACAAACCCAUGAACAGGACCUCCGCGGCCGAAUCACGAUGCGAUGCAGAUCGUGACAGUAAGCUGUGUAAUUCAGAAGGCGUUAUUUCAGAUAGAAUGAUGGAAUCGGUUGAAGGGAAGGGUCAGGGAGGAGAUUGCGAGGACGACACAAUUUCAUGGGAAGACAUGAUGAUGGACCUCAAUGUGGAGGAUAAGUGCAUGUCUGAGAACCAGUACUUUGAGCUCUUCGAGGGCGAUGAAGAUGGAGGGAAUCAAAACAGGUGGAUUUCUGAUGAAAUGCUGUCUAAAUGGGUUGCGGAGUUGAUGGGAUGA